AUGUCCACCGACGCAGAGUACUUCGCUUACCAGAUGAAGUAUGACACUGUGCAUGGCCAGUUCAAGCACGACGUCAAGAUCGGGGAGAAGGACGAGCUGAUCGUGAACGGAAACAAGAUCAAGUGCAUCCAGGCCAGCCGCGAAGGCCCCAAGGCUUUGCCUUGGAAGGACAUGGGAGUUAAGUACGUCAUCGAGUCCACUGGCCUUUUCGUGGAGUACGAGAAGGCCGUCGGUCACAUCGAGGCAGGUGCAGAGAAGGUGAUCAUCUCGGCCCCGGGCAAGGGCAACCUGAAGACGCUGGUCUGCGGCGUGAACCACACGGAGUACGACAAGGCC